AGCAGCUUCAUCUGAUGAGGUUCUCCUCCGACAGAGCAUCUCCGCUUCUCCGACCAUGGAAGCCGUCAGUACGGCGUCCUUCUUCUCCCCGGGGAAUCCCUUCUCCAGAAAAGGAAGCUCCAUGGGAAGAAAGAACUGUUUCGGUUUGAUAGUUUCUGUUCACAGCUUAUGCAGUAUGCGAGCGUCAGGUAAUGGGGAGAGAGCGAGGAGGUGGGUCGCCGCGGGAGCGAGGAAGAAGAAGGUCGACUCUCACAGCUUCGUGGCUAAGCCGGAGGAGGCCGGAUUCUUUCCGGAGUCCGUCUUGCUGAAGCCGAAGAAGACACAAGAGGAUGGUAGAGUCCUUCCUGAGUUUGCAGAUGCAGAAGAAGAGCAACUUUAUGAAUGGCUGAACCUUAAGAUGGAGAGCCACUUGAACCAGGAGAGAAUUCGUCAUUAUGAAGUGGUAUAUUUAAUCCAUCAGGAUCGAGUAGAAGAGGUUGAGGAUGUAGUUUCAAAAUUUCAAGACUUUGUAAAGGAGAAAAAUGGCAAGAUCUGGAGGCUGAACAACUGGGGCCUCCGGCAACUCGCAUACAAGAUAAAGAAAACUACUCAUGCCAACUACAUACUAAUGAAUUUUGAGUUGGAAGCAAAGUGGAUAGAUGAGUUCAAAAGUUUGUUGGACAAAGAUGAAAGGAUCAUCCGGCAUCUUGUGAUGAAGAGAGACGAAGCAAUCACCGAAGAUUGCCCACCACCUCCAGAGUUUCACACCGUAUAUUCAAAUGGCAUGGAGGAGGAAGAUGACUAUUUUGGUGAUGAUGCUGAGGGUGAUGAGCAGUACUUGGAUGAAGAGGAUGAGUUGGAAAUGGUAACGUACGUUGAUGGAGAAGACGAAGAUGGUGAUGGGGAGGACUGGAAAAAGUUGGAUAUUACAGGAGAAGGAUUGAGAAAAGGUCGAAAGUCAGAGAAGAUAGCAAGGUAGUUCGUUUCUCUUCUUGCUCUUGCUUUUCUAAUAUGGCUUGGCAAUGGAGACUACAGAUCAUAUCAUGAAAGCAAGAUACCAUUAGACGUGUUGCAGUUUGAAGGCAUGAGAAAUCAAAUAUAGUUUUAGUAACACUGAUCUCUCCACAACAUUGUGUGUGUGUCUGAGAGAGAAAGAGAGAGAGAGAGAGAGUUUGACUUGUUUCAUUAAUCAGCUCGAGAAAACCUUAGUCGGUCAAAGAUCGAACCAAAAUCAACCAGCUUAAUUGGUUGUAUAUACUUCUAUGCUUACCUGAAUAUGUUGAUUCAACAGCCUCAUUCCUAAUUGAUUCA